ACAAGUUCAACUUCAAUACCAAGUACCAACAACACUCAGCCUCCAUCAACCAGCCAGGAAACCUCUGCAACAAUGGUGUCCUCAUCCACAGAGCCACAAUCUACAUUGGCACCCACAGAAAUUACUGACUCAAGAGCCUCAACCUCAACACUCAACACAAAUGGAGUUACAAGACCUUUAGGCACUGAUCAUUCUGCAACAACCAUCACCUCAUCCACAAAUACAGAGGUCUCCACAAAUUCACAAUCUACAUUCGCUACUCAUUCCACUCAAGCAUCUAAUGAACACACAAGUUCAACUUCAACACUAAGUUCCAACAACACUCAGCCUCCAUCAACCAGCCAGGAAACAUCUGCAACAAUGAUGUCCUCAUCCACAGAGCCACACUCUGCAUUUGCUACUCAUUCCACUCAAGCAUCUACUGAACCCAGAAGUUCAACUUCAAUGCUAAGUUCCAGCAAAUCUCAGCCGCCAUCAACCAACCAACAAACAGCUGCAACAAUGAUGUCCUCAUCCAAAGAGCCACACUCUACAUUAGCUACUCAUUCUACUAAACCAUCUACUGAACACACAAGUUCAACUUCAAUGCUAAGUACCAGCAACUCUCAGCCUCCAUCACCCAGCCAGGAAACAUCUGCAACAAUGAUGUCCUCAUCCACAGAGCCACGCUCUACAUUUGCUACUCAUUCCACUCAAGCAUCUACCGAACCCAGAAGUUCAACUUCAAUGCUCAGUACCAGCAACUCUCAGCCUCCAUCACCCAGCCAGGAAACAUCUGCAACAAUGAUGUCCUCAUCCACAGAGCCACGCUCUACAUUUGCUACUCAUUCCACUCAAGCAUCUACCGAACCCAGAAGUUCAACUUCAAUGCUAAGUACCAGCAACUCUCAGCCGCCAUCAACCAGCCAAGAAACAGCUGCAACAAUGAUGUCCUCAUCCAAAGAGCCACACUCUACAUUCGCUACUCAUUCUACUAAACCAUCUAAGGAAAACACAAGUUCAACUUCAAUACCAAGUACCAACAACACUCAGCCUCCAACACCCAGCCAGGACACAUCUACAACAAUGAUGUCCUCAUCCACAGAGCCACAAUCUUCGUUGGCACCCACAGAAAUUACUGAAUUAACAGCUUCAACAUCAACACACACCACAAAUGGAGUCACAAAACCUUCCAGCACUGAUCAUUCCACACCAACCAUCACCUCAUCCUCGAAUACAGACGUCUCCACAAAUUCACACUCUACAUUCGCUACUCAUUCCACUGAAGAAUCUACUGAACACACAAGUUCAACUUCAAUACCAACUACCAACAACACUCAGCCUCCAUCAGCCAGUCAGGAAACAUCUGCAACAAUGGUGUCCUCAUCCACAGAGCCACAAUCUACAUUGGCACCCACAGAAAUUACUGAAUCAAGAGCCUCAACCUCAACACCCACCACAAAUGGAGUUACAAGACCUUUAAGCACUGAUCAUUCGGCAACAACCAUCACCUCAUCCACAAAUACAGAGGUCUCCACAAAUUCACAUUCUACAUUCGCUACUCAUUCCACUCAAGCAUCUACUGAACACACAAGUUCAACUUCAAUACCAAUUACCAACAACACUCAGCCUCCAUCAACCAGCCAAGAAACAUCUGCAACAAUGAUGUCCUCAUCCAACGAGCCACAGUCUUCCAGCACUGAUCGUUUCAAAUGA